UUCACCAUCUGGUAACACUGACUUCGUCGCGAAUUGUAAAAUACAAAAGAAAAGUGGAUUUAUUUCGCGGAACUGCCAACAGGUGGAAGACUCCAUUGGUUGAUUUCUGGAAAGGAAACCAUGGCGCUGGCCAUCAAAAAGCGGUUCGGCUCCUACGUGGAGACGGUGGACGUGGACGGAGCGCCAGCGGUGAAGAAGCUGCGCCUGCAAACACUGUCCGCCGAUGCGAAGGCUGGGAAAGCCGGAAAAGCGGGAAAUGCGGACCGGAAGCUGACGGCGCUCUCCCAACUGGACGCCUACGUGGGCAGCCUGCCCGCAGGGUCGUCGGGCCUGCCCCCUGGGCCACCUGUUGCUCCAUCGGGACCCACACCCUCCGCCGGCGGCGCCAAUCCAUCCACCACGACGGGAACUCCCCUGCUAACGGCCGGGAACAGUCGCGAACUGCUGGAGCUGCUCGUGAAGAUCACCGACGAGAUAUCCUACGAGGACGUGGAACUGGCCGAGCUGAAGGAGGUGGCCAACAAGAUAUUCCAGCUGUACCAGCUGCAGGAGCGCGACAGUGACACCUCCAUUCGGGUGAAGCUGCUGGAGCUGCUAUCCGGACUGGGCUGUGAGUGUGCCACCGAGCAGGCCGUCACACUCAUCAUCGACUACUUCAUCUACCUGCUGCGCAAGGAGGGCUCCCAGAAGGUUCUCGCCCAGGGCAUGAUGUGCUUGUUCCGGAUCGGGCAGCGCCGGAAGCACCUGGUGCCCAUCUCGUACAACACCCAGGUGGCCCAUUUGGCCAAGGAGCAGCUGCGCUCCGGUUCCACGCACACGCAGAAGAACGCCAUGCUGGUGAUCGGUGGGUUCGCCACCAAAAUGGAGGGUGAGCGUCACUACGUGUGGAAGCUAGCCUUCUACAUAGACUCGCAGGACUCGGGAGUCCGAGCCCAGGCUCUGCACGCCCUGCUGACCCUCGGCGAGCGGGGAUCCCUGCUACCAGCGGUGCUCUACAAGCGCGCCGUUGAGGCCAUGAAGGACGAUUACGAGUGCGUGCGCAAGGAGGCACUGCGCUUGGUCUUCAUGCUGGGCAACCGGCAUCCGGACUUCAUAAUACCAUCCGACCGACAGCAGGAGGAGCUCCGCAUGAUAGACGCCGCCUUCAGCAAGGUGUGCGAAGCUCUCUGCGAUCUCUCGCUGCAGAUUCGCGUUCUCGCAGCCGAAUUGCUGGGUGGAAUGACCGCCGUCAGCAGGGAGUUUCUGCACCAGACGCUGGACAAGAAGCUGAUGAGCAACCUGCGCCGGAAACGGACGGCGCAUGAAAGGGGCGCCCGCCUGGUGACCAGCGGCGAGUGGUCGUCAGGCAAGCGGUGGGCGGACGAUGCGCCGCAGGAACACCUGGACGCCAGAAGCAUCUCGAUCAUAGCAAGUGGAGCCUGCGGCGCCCUUAUCCACGGCCUGGAGGACGAGUUCCUGGAGGUGCGCACAGCGGCCGUGGCCUCCAUGUGCAAGCUGGCACUCUCCCGGCCGGAUUUCGCUGUGACCAGCCUGGACUUUUUAGUGGACAUGUUCAACGACGAGAUCGAGGACGUGCGACUGAAGGCCAUCUACAGUCUGACGGCCAUAGCCAGGCAUAUAGUGCUCCGCGAGGAUCAGCUGGAGAUAAUGCUGGGCUCGCUGGAAGACUACUCGGUGGACGUGCGCGAGGGACUGCAUCUCAUGCUGGGCGCCUGCCGGGUGUCAACACAAACGUGCCUGCUGAUGGUAGUGCAGAAACUGCUGGAUGUGCUGGCCAAGUACCCACAGGAUCGGCACUCAACGUACGCCUGCAUGCGCAAGAUCGGCCAGAAGCAUCCGCAUUUGGUAAUGGCGGUGGCCGUUCACUUGCUGUUCGUACAUCCCUUCUUCGAGACUCCUGAGCGGGAUGUCGAGGAUCCGGCGUAUCUGUGCGUCCUGAUACUCGUGUUCAAUGCUGCAGAGCAUCUGGUGCCCAUCAUCAGCCUAUUGCCCACGGCUACCCAUCGACAUUACGCCUACCUCAGGGACUCGAUGCCGCAUCUCGUGCCCCAGCUGCCCAUCGAGGGUGCCUCCUCGGCGAGUGCCACCCACAGGAUCGACUCGGCCCUGCGCCAGGCGGGCAGUUCGGCGGAAUAUCUGCAGAUGAUUCUCAGCCACAUCGAGGAGAUAUUCACCAUGGCUGAUGAGCGCGUGGAACUGCUGCAGACUGCCCAGACGAAUCUGCAGCGUCUGGGAGCUAUCGAUGCGGGCAUGUACGGCACCUCGAACUUUUUGGAGACCUUCUUGGCGGCCCAGAUUCAGAUCGAGCAGAUGCAGCGUUGCGCCAGCACGCAAAGGAGCAGGGUUCCAUUGAAGGAGUCCCUGGCGGCUCUCAUCAGGAACUGCCUCAAGUUGCAACACACAUUCUCCGGUCUUAAUUACGGCGAUAUUCUGCAGGUGAAGCAGUUGCGUCUGCGGGCUUGUGCCUUGCACUUGGUCCUUGUUGUCAGGGAUCGGUCGCAAAGUGCCUUGGGUCCCUGUCAGAUGCUUCUGCAAACCGCCGGCGAUAUCAGCGAGUUCAUAAAGGCGAAUACAAAGGAUGAAGAGGAGAAGCCGCCGGUGGGAGCUUUGCCAUUGCUGGAGCCCGAGAAGUCGAAGAAAGAGGCAACCGGUGGCGAUGCCCAGCCGGACAGCUUCACCCGUCAGUUGCUGAGCAAACUGGAUGGCAUAUCGGAUCCCAAACCGGGUCGCGUCUUUCGCGAGAUUCUGCCAUUGGUUCAACAGGCUCCUCCGCUGGCAUUGCCACCUGCCAAUGACAAAAUCCGCCGCUGUGUUGCCAACAUCCUGGAGCCAUGCCCGCUGCAAUCGCAGGACAAUGUGAUAAAGGUUACGGCGGGCCUAAUAGCAGCAGUUCCCUUUGUGGCGGAGAUCGACAAUCUGCUCGAGUCGCAAAAGGCGGACAUGAGAAUCAAGAUUAAGUAUCCGGAUCAGCACAUGCACACGGUGGUGCCGAAGAGGAGUGACUUCAAGCCUAUUAUGACGGAGCAGGGAGAGCACGAGACAAAUGUGCGCCUGCGUACCACAAUCCUGCUGUCCCACAGCGUUUGGACGGAGUCAUCGCUGGUGGAGAUUCAGCUCUGCCUGGCCGUUCGUCCCGGCAGCGAACUGGAGCUCUGCAAGCCGGCCAAGGUGCUGUUCGCACCCAAACCAGUCAGACGGGGCAUUUAGCCUGACUCCCAGGAGGAUGGGCUAGGUGGAUUGGCUGUGGAUGCGAGUCUGGAGGCGGUACGGCCUCGGAACUUAAAUGUGGAGCAGAUCGACGGGACUGCGAGUGGACGGCGCCGGCGGCAAAGGAGCGGAGCGAAAAGCUGACAAGGCCACACAGCCGCUGGAGAGGCAGACUAGCAAUUAUUGUUUAAAAUAUCAUGUUCUGAGUGUCAAUUGGAUGGUAUUUUUGAAAAUUCAAAUAACGGAUUGUUUAAGGCAUUAGCUGUGGAGCAUGUAUUUUUCCAGUUUAAUUGUGUACGAGAAAUUUGGUAUUGUAAAAUAAUAAAUCUAAAUAUUUCUUUAAUUAGAAAAAAAGGA